CGAGAUUAUUCGAAUUACCACGUACGUUCCAAUUGAUAAGAAUUCUCUGGUCGAGGAAAGGGCACACUUUUUUUACUACUUUGACUCUUCGAAACUGAAGUUUGUACCGCAGGCUUCCAAUUGGAGGAACGUUGUGAAAGUUGACUUCCAGUGAGCGCACUUUCCUAUAUUAUUUUCGUAAACUUCGGCUGAUAAUGGACGAUAAUCUUGUGAACCCAGUCGAGUGGAACUCUUGUGGUUCAUUCGAAUGCGCCACUCGCACAAUGUGCCCCACUUGCCGUUUAAAUUAGGUUUGCCUUGCUGCCGAAUCGUUGGAAUAUUCGACAUGAGCAUGAAUUCGAGCGGAAUAUUCAGCAUCGGUGAGGUCAACGCGCUUGCUGUUGACCAAUUCGAUUGGAUAUUUGGCAAUAUCAUAGAACAUUGUCCCGAAGCGACACGAAAAAUAUCGGCUAGAAGACCUUUUAAACGAGUGGAAGACUUGAAAAUAGCGUUUGAUAAUUAUCUGGACGAACUCGAAGAAACAGAAAAAGAGCAGAUUCUCUUGAAACAUCCAGAUUUGGCAGGUAAAUUAUGUGAUGAAGGAAAACUAACGUUGGAGUCGAAAAAUGAACAGAAGAGUGCAGGUCUCGACAAAAUGACGAAAGACGAGAAGCAGACCCUUAAUAAUCUCAAUCAUUUAUAUAAAGAAAAAUUUCGAUUUCCAUUCGUUAUUUGCGCUCGUGAGAAUAGAGUUCCUGCAAUAUUGACUGGAAUUGAAGAACGUUUAAAGAAUCAGCCGGAAAGUGAACUGCUAACGAGUAUAGAAGAAGUCAAAAAAAUUUGUAGGAUAAGAAUCAGUGAUCUUGUUUGGCCAGAUCCCUAAUUUUUCAAAUGAUUAGAGCGAAUUUUAAACAUUUUUACUUUUACGCUAUGCAACGAUAUUUUUUUAUUGGCGUAGAAUUAAUAUAAAUUGUAAAAAGAAAAAGUAAUCGAAUUCAUUGAUUCAGUUACGUGACGAAUGAAUUCAGCAAUGAUAUCGUAAACUACAGAAUACCGAGUUGUUUUUCGACGAUGGCGUGAGGUUGACCCAUCUGUUCUCUGAAUUCAUGGGUGUUCAGAAUAUCUUCGAACCUGAAAAAAUAGAAAAACGUACGAUAAAAUCGACGAAAUAAUGGAAAUCGUAACUAUUUUCUAGUGCGAUAAACACUUUAGAAAAUUU